UCCUAUAAAAACUAAAGCCUGGCCUGACAGAUGGAAACCCUUCAUCAAGGCUUGGAAAAAAAUAGAAGAGUCAAUUGGCAAAAAUAAAGAACUAUGGCUCUGGACUCCCAAAUCUAUAUCACUAGCAAAUGAACAGGGUAAUACAUAUUCAGUUAAAAAAAUAGUAGAGUUUCUUAGAAACAAGUCAAUUAGUACAUUGAUUACACAGAACAAUUUAACAAAAAAAUAUUCAAAUUUAGUGAUGCUAUUUCAUUGUAACUAG